GGUCGUACCUUUACCCACGCUUACGAAGUUGUGAGUUACUAUGAAUGCUCCUGCUUCGUUCGAACCAUUCCUGCUUGCCGAUGGUGAGAAGAAGAUCUCCUUCGAAAAGGAUACUCAGGUUCCAAAUGCUGCUAUUUUUACCCUAAAUCGAGAGGACCACACUGUUGGAAAUAUGAUAACAUGUCAGUUACUAAAAGAUCCAAGAGUAUUAUUUGCAGGAUACAAGGCUCCUCAUCCAUUAGAGCAUAAAAUCGUCAUUCGAGUACAUACAGCUCAUCCAGCGACACCUGUAGAUGUUUUUGUUUCUGCUCUGAAAGAUCUCAUCAGUGAGAUUUCGAAUAUAGAGGAGCAGUUCAGAGUAAGCGACCAUUUUUUCAUCAAUCUUAUUCUGUUUAGAUGGCGACAAAAUGAAACAUUGCAUUUGUACAUAUUAUUUAUUUAUAUAUUCAUAACGAUAAAAUGAAAAUGCUUGUCCUGCAAAAUUUUGUCUUUCGAUUAAUCCAUUCCUUUUUACCUUGUUGAAAUGUAAAGUUAAGGAAGUUGGGAGCAUAAUGAUGUCGGGUUAUGUAGGACUGAUUUGCUGUAAACAUUUUUGGGUGAUUUUUCUGAGGAUUUUAUUUCCUCACUUUAGCUAGUAUCACCUGAUAGCAUACAGAAAUCCCGUGUAUGUGAAGUGAAAGAUACUUGUUACUUUAAG